AUGACCAUUUUGCAGAUAGACAACCUUGUGGUCGAAGAGGCAAACAUCCAGUCGUCCUCUGACGAUUCCAUCGAAGCAUUGAGACAUCUUGGAAAAUCGAGGGACUCAAGCUACACCUACAUCCACUUCAACCGGCCCCGAGACGCCGACCUCUUCGAGGACUUCUGCAAGGACAAGCUGCCUGACGACGAGAUCUACGUGCCGCCACACCACCAACCCAUCAACCCCGAAGACGAGGACGAUGUAGUGCCAGACCAGCACGCGGCGUUUGGGAUCCAGCGGGCGACGCAGAAGACGAAGGAGGCGGCUUGGAAGGACCUUGGGCUGGGCCAGCUGAUGACCAAGGGGCCGGGGGCGAAGGGAGGGGGUGUUGGUGGGCAUAGCAAAGCCGAUGGAGGGGUUUUCAAGAUGGGGAGUAAGAGCUUACCUAGGUGA